AUGAAUGUCCUUAAAAUAAACACCCUUUUUCAUAUUGGACUAUUGUAUUUAUUUAUUUAUUGUUCGAACGCAGAUAAGGGGAUUGUAUGUUAUUGGAAAGAGAAUAAUACUUUUGUUCAUUAUCCAUUAGGAGAUGAUGGAUGGGGAUCACCAAAUAUUUGUGGAAAAUAUCCAAAAUCCAUAGAUGUUGAAUGGUAUGGAACAGACACAUUAGGAGGGAAUUAUACAAUUAAAAAAGGUACAGCUAAUGUUGUAGAGAAUGACCAUAUAGAAAUUGUACAAAAAGCACGACUGUCAUGGGAGAAUACUGAGGAGUGUGAUACAUUUGUCAAUUUUGAAGAAGGUCAUGGACUUAAUUCUAUUGGAUUAAAUGAGUUAGGAAGACGAUCACAUUGGGUAUUAGCAAAUACUCAUUUACCAGAUCCAUUCGUUUUUACAUUUGGAGUAAGAGAAAUGGUUUGGUCAAAUACUUUUUUAAACGUUACAAAGAAUAGUGCAGUUUAUAUGUAUACACAAGAGAUUGAAGAAAAUACUAAACCAUUUAUACGAACUACAAGAAUUAAUACAACAGAUAAAUCAUGUAUUUAUCAAUUUUCAACAUAUCAAAUACAAGAGCCAGAUGUAGAUAAUUCAGAUUUUAAAAUGAUUUCAAUUUGUCAACGACAAGAAGUUCAUAGAUAUGUUCAAUGUUUUUGGUCAAAAGGACAAUUUACUGAUUGUACGUGUAAACCUGAAAAAUCAGGUCCAGUUAAAACAAGUGAUAAUCUGAAAUAUCCUGACUGUCAUUAUCUUUCGUAUUUAUUUGAUCUUUCAUUAAAUAUUGAUAAUACAUACGUUGAAUUUGAUACAGUUAACACUACUACAUGGUCAGAUUUUCUUAUUCCACAAAGAAUGGAUUCAUUAGUAUUUAAUUUAACAGCAGAAGGAAGUGAAUAUAUUACAAUUAAUAAUGAUUUCUCAUUACCAACUUUUGGAUUUACAAUUUAUGGAGGAUUAAAAGUAAAUGGUGUAUUAACAAUUGAAACAUGUGCAGAAUAUUUAUUUAAUAAAUUAGAGUUUAAAGACAUAAUUAUUGAUUCAUUAAUAGAUGACAAUAGUAUAGUAUUUGCAGCAGAAGUUAGUCCAGAGUGUAGUAAUAAAUUACGAGAAAAAAAGAUAUUACCAGCAUGUGGUAAUUCUAUUAAAAGAUGGAUUAAAACAGAAAAAGAAGUAGGAUAUGAAAAUUGUGAUUGUGACGUUAAAGAUGAGACUUCAUUUGAACAAUUUGAUUGUCUUUCUGUAUCAUUAAUGAAAGAUAGUAAAUUAGAUUUAAUAAUGAAAAGAAGUCAAUUUGAUGGAGGAGAAAAUGAUAGAUAUUGGGAAAAUAUAAUGUUCAGUGGAAAUGGUAAUAGAACACUUAAAGGAAAAAGUCAUCAUAUUAAAAAAUGUACAUUUAGUAGUGGAAGAUCAUAUAUAAUAGAUACAAAUUUAUAUUGUGAAGAAGCUAUUAUUGAAAAAUCUGUUAAUCUUGAUGUUCAAGGAAAUAUUGACAUUAAAAAAUUGAUUAUAGAAGGAAAUUAUCAUAAUUUUAAUCAACAACCAAUUAUUAUUUUAAGUAACACAUCUAAAUUAACAGGUCUUAAAUCAAUAAACUUUCAAAGUAUCACAGAAUGUAUUGAAUUAAUAUUAACAAAUAAUAAUUAUGAUCAAAUUAAUACUGAAGAAAUUGAAUGUACUUAUGGAGAUGAUUCAUCUAAAUGUAAUAUAAUUUUAACAGAAAAAUUAUUUAGAAUAUGUCCAUCAACAAAUGAAAAAUAUGAGAUAGAAUGUGUUGUAUAUGGAAAUAAUGAUAAAAAAUGGUUUGAAUAUCCACAAUGUCCAUGUUUAGAACAAAACUGUACAAUUUUAGUUCCAACAGAAAUAACACAAAUAAAAAAUGAAAUAAAAAAGACUAAUUUCAAUGGGAAAAUAGUAAUAAAAGGAGAUAUUACAUUUAUUAAUUUUGAUGUAUUUAAUAAUCUUAUUGUUAAUAACACAGAAAAUAAUAAUAUAAUAAGUAUUACUUUUCAAGGAAAUAAUACAGUAAUUAAUAAUAUUCAGGGAAAUAAUAUUAAAGUAAUUAUUGAAGAAAGUGUUAUUAUUAAUUCAUGUACAAUUACAAAAUUAUCAAUAAAAUCUUCAAAUACUAUUAAACUAAAUUAUGAAGAUGUUAGUAUUGAUACAAUUUAUGAUACAGAAUUAAGCAAUAUUAUUCUUACUUCUAAAGUUAAAACACUUUCUGUUAAUUCAAUUCAAACUGAUGAAUAUUUAGUAAAUAAACCAUUAAUUGAAUUAGAAAGUUCAAAAGAUGAAUUAGAAGUAACAUCUGGAACAAAGUGUAAUUAUUCUAAAGUCUUUAUGAUUACUAAGAAAAGAACAAUUAAAGGAGCAAUAACACUUUCAUGUGAUAAUCAAAUAGCAUUAAUUCAUGGAACGUCAAUAAUAAAUAAUAAUGAAGAAAAAGAAGAUGAAAAAAGAAUAUGUGAAAGAAUAGGAUUUAAUAAACAUUAUUGUUAUAGUAAUAACAAUAAUUAUAUUAUUAAUGAAGAAAGUUUAGAUACAGACUAUUCAUGUCCUUGUAAUAUGAAUAAUGGAGUGUUUUGUAUUAUUGAUAUAUUAUCAACUAAUGAAGUGUUUAAAUUAGAUAAAAGUAUAAAUGAAUUAAUUAUUAAAGAAUCAAUAACGAUUGAAAUGGAAGAAUCAAUAAUUAUUUUAACUAUUUUAGAAAAUGAUGUAAAUAUUAAUAUUAAUGGUAAUAAAAAUUUAAUUCAUGUAAAUACAAGUACUUCUACUAGAAUUUCUUUUUCAGGAACAGAAAAUACUGUUAAUACUUUAACAAAUGGAUUGACAUUAAAGCCAGUGAAUAGUAAUUCUUUAAUAGUUACUAAUAGUGAAAUAAAUUACUGUACCAUUUUAUAUUUUAAUGAAGCACAUUCUUUUAGUUGUUUAAAAUGUGGAGAUUAUAUUCCAAAUAAUGGAGAAUGUCCAAAACAUAAUAUUAUUACGAAUUGUUUAAAAUAUAUUAAUAGUGGACAUUGUGUAGAAUGUAAAGAAGGAUAUUAUUUGGUUAUUGAUGAAAAAAAUCAAAUGAAAUGUAAUAAAUGUGGAGAAGGUUGUUUAAGAUGUACUUCUGAUAGUUGUAUACAAUGUGUAGAAGGAAAACAAAUAGAUGGAAAUAAAUGUAUAAGUGUUAAUGAAGAUAGUUGUGAGAUAUAUAAAAAUGAAUAUUGUUUAAAAUGUCCAGAAGGAACAUUUAAUCAAGACUUACAACAUUGUAAAGAAGAGUGUGAUAAUUCAUGUGAAUUAUGUUAUUCAGAUAAUUUAAUGUGUCCAAUUUGUAAUACAAAAGAGUUAUAUUUUAUGAGUAAUAAUGAAUGUCAAUUAAGUGAUUUUGCAUUAAGUGUAAGUCAUAAGAAUGAAAUUAUAUGUAAAACUGGAUAUCAUUCUUCAUCUAAUAGAUGCAAAAAAUGUUCAGAUGGAUGUUUAGAAUGUGAUACAGAAAAAUGUAUUAAAUGUGGUGAAAAUUAUUUAUUAUCAUCAGGAAAAUGUUUAGAUAAUACUGGAUGUAAUAAAAUAGAAGAAGGAAGAUGUUUAAGUUGUAAAGAAGAAAGAAGUUAUUAUAAUAUAGAACAACAUAAAUGUAUUGAAAUAGAUUCUGAUUGUGAAAUAAUUGAUUUAAAAGGUAAUUGUAUUGAAUAUAGAACAAAAGAAAGAUAUACCAAUAAUAUGAAAGAUAGUUUUAUUCAAACAAAUGAAGUAGAAUGUGUAAUGAAAAAUGGAGUGUGUAGAGUUUGUCCUGAAGGUUAUUAUUCAAAUAGAAUAACUUGUAAUAAAUGUGGAGAAAAAUGUAUUAGUUGUGAAGAUAAUACCAAAUGUAGAUUAUGUGAAAAAGGAUAUAAUGUUGAUGAAAAUGGAAAUUGUGUUAAUACAACAAUUCCAUACUGUACUAAUAAAAUAGAUAAUUUCUGUAUUAGUUGUGAAGAUGGAUAUUAUCCUAAUGGACUUACAUGUGAACCAUGUAUGAAUGGAUGUAUUACAUGUAUUAGUAAAGAUAAGUGUCAACGUUGCUCAUCACAAUUUUUAUUAAAUAACGACAAAUGUAUUACAAGUGAAGAAGCAAGAAAAGAUAAGUGUAUUUCAAUAGGAACAAAUGAAUGUAGAGAAUGUGAAGAAUCAUAUUAUAUAAAAGAAGGACAAUGUGAAUCAUGUGAAAAUAUUGUUAAACAUUGUUUAAAAUGUAAUCCAAUCAAAGGGAUUUGUAUAACAUGUGAAUCUGACUAUAUAAUAAUUGAUGGAAAAUGUAUGCAUUAUUCAGAAAUGUCUCAUUGUAAAGGAGCAUUAGAUGGAAAUUGUAAUGAAUGUGAUAAUUGGUAUGCAUUAGCAUAUGAUCGAAAAGGAUGUGUAAGAUAUACAUCAGGAUGGGGUGUGGCAUUAAUAAUAAUAGGAAUAACUGUAUUUAUUGGAUUAGUAAUAUUGAUAAUAACAAUAAUAAUUAUUAAUUAUAAUAAAUAUGAAGAAAAAAUUAAAAUGAAGAGGAUGAAUGGAAUUUUUGCAUUAAGACAUUGUACUGUUACAAUGAUGAGUUAUCCUACUGUUCCAACUAUUUUAACUAAUACUACUUUAAUUGAAUUCCAAGAAACAAUGGAAUUAAAUAAAGAAUAUACAAAAGGAUUUUAUAUUGGAAAUAAAGGAAAAAAUCUAGUUGAAAUAUCAUUUAAAAUUAAUAAAGAUCAAAGAUUUAGAAUAGAAUUUGCACCAGAAAAAUUAAUUUUACAACCAAAUAAAUGUUGUUAUAUUAAUUUGUUAUUUAUGCCAUAUUGUUCAUUUAAUAUUCAAAUUCCAUUUCAAAUUAUUAUUGUUGAAGAUAAUAUUAAAAAAGGAACAUUAGAUUUUAAAUUUAGUGCAAAUACUAUUGAAAGUUAUAAUAUUGAUCCUAAUUUAAUUCAAUAUGAUAAGGUAUUAAGAGAAAAUUAUAACAUUACUGUAACAAAAGGUUAUUAUAAUACAACACCAGUAAUAAUUAGAAAUAUUGGUAUGUUUAAUUAUACUGGUGAUGAACAAAAAGAAUAUGAACAACCUCUGACGAUUUUAGAAACAUUAAAUUCAAAUAAUUACAUCAGUAAUUAUAUUGGUAAAGUAAUGUUAUCUAAUAGUAAUUUAAUUCUUACUGAAUUUGCACCAAUGGGAACGUUACAAGAUAUUAUUGAUAAAAAAUUACAACUACCUCCUUUAUUACGUUCUCGUAUUAUUCUUGAUGCUGCAAAAGGAAUAGCAGUUCUUCACUCAAAAAAUUAUUUACAUUAUAACAUUAAACCUGCAAAUGUUUUGUUAAUAACUGAUGAUUUAAAUGAAUGCUCUGUUGCUAAAAUAACUGAUUUUGGUUAUCAAUCAAAUUAUAAAAAAUUUAAUAAUCAUAAAAUUGAAGUUGUUGAUCGUCCUACUUAUAUUGCACCUGAAAUUAUGACUGGUCAAAAAUUUACUUCAAAGGCUGACAUUUAUUCUUUUGCUUUAACAAUGUAUGCCAUUGAUACUCUUACUAACCCUUAUCCAAUUAAUGAAUUUCCUUAUCCUUGGUCUAUAUCUAAAUUUGUUUGUAUUGGUAGAAGACUACCUCAACACCCAGAAAUGGGAAAAGCUUUAUAUGAUAUUAUUACUAAUUCAUGGGAACAAUGUCCAGCAGAUAGAUUUUCAAUAGAUGAAGUUGUUCAUGACUUAAAAAAAUUACAAAAUUAA